CUAUGACUGUAUUAAUGGAACCGUGGAUAAUGGCAUGGGAGUAGCAGGCACAAGCGCGAGUUUCACCGGCCUGCCGGGGCAAGAUGGCAUGACGCAUGGGGACGUCAAUUUCACGUUUCCCCCUGACAAUCUGUUGGAUUUCGAAAUCGACCCAUUAGAGCGCGUUGUGUCAACCAUUGUGCCCGUGUUUUUCGGCAUCAUCGGGCUUGCUGGUCUACUGGGGAAUGCACUCGUCAUUUUGGUUGUUGUCGCCAACCAACAGAUGCGGUCUACCACAAACCUGCUCAUCAUCAAUCUGGCUAUUUCGGAUAUACUCUUCGUCAUCUUCUGUGUGCCCUUCACCGCCACCGACUACGUAUUGCCCGAAUGGCCGUUUGGUAAUUUGUGGUGUAAAUUCGUACAGUAUAUGAUUGUAGUCACCUGCCAUGGCAGCGUCUAUACGCUGGUGCUAAUGUCACUCGACCGGUUUUUAGCUGUGGUGCAUCCGGUGACGAGUAUGUCCUUGCGUACCGAACGUAAUGCGAUGCUGGCCAUCAUUUGCGCCUGGGUGCUCAUUGUGACAUCAGCCAUUCCGGUGGCGUUAUCACACUCAGUUCAGCUCUACUAUUUUAAAGGGCGCAACUACACAGCGUGUGUGUUCUCAUCGCAUGAGGAAAUUUGGAAUCUUGUAGCGUUUCAGGUGUCCUUCUGUGCGUCAUCUUACGUCACUCCACUGACACUGAUAUUUUUCCUGUACAUGUGCAUGUUGGCACGCCUAUGGAAGAGUGCGCCUGGUUGUAAGCCGUCAGCAGAAUCAAGAAAGGGAAAACGGCGUGUAACCCGGAUGGUCGUUGUGGUUGUGCUUGCUUUCGCAAUCUGUUGGCUGCCUAUACAUGUCAUACUCGUUUUGAAGGCAUUGGAUAUGUAUGCAUCUACGCAUCUAACGGUCAUAAUUCAAAUCAUUUCGCACGUACUGGCGUACACGAACUCCUGCAUUAAUCCGUUUCUCUAUGCUUUCCUGUCGGAGAAUUUCCGCAAAGCAUUCCGGAAGGUCGUUUGGUGUGGUACACCGCCACCACUAAUUAACAACCAACAGAUCACCAAGACGACGCGCACAACCAACUGUAAUGGCACCUCUAACGUGGAAAUGUUAUAAGCCCGCAAUGGUGAAACAACCAACAACAAGCAAUGGCCACCCACAAGCCAGCAGCAGCUGAAUCAGCACACGCAAGCACUUCCAUGGCUGCGGCAAACCACAUGUGGUGUUUCAGCAACUGUAACUUUAAUGCAGUCGAAUUUGUUGUUAUUUCACAUUUAAUACAAACACUUAUAGUAUGCAGAUGCAUUACAUAUAAAGCUUAUUUCGAAUGCAGCGUGUGAUUUGU